GUCGUUGCUAGGAUACCAGUUGACCGGAGACAAAUUAGGAGUUUAACUGGCCGCUAAAGUGUUAGUCACAGUUAAAAGUUUAAACCAAAAAAUGUCAGACCAAGACCUGGAUCACGAUGAUCAGAAGCCAAAGGGAGUAUUCUUCACUCUAUUAGCCGAUGGGAAUUGGCUGUACCGUAAAGCAAAGUAUAAAAAUGCUAUAGACGCCUACACAAAGGCACUGACCUUAAAGCCUGAUGACAGGACCUGCUUGGUUGGCCGAUCCCGAUGUUAUCUUAAGACUGAUCAAUAUGAAAACGCUUUAGAAGAUGCAGAGACUUCAUUAGUAGAAGACAAGACAUAUGUCGAGGGAUUGUACCAGAAGGCAGAGGCAUUGUACUACAUGGGAGAAUUUGAAUUUGCCCUAGUGUUUUAUCACAGAGGGCAAAAUCUACGUCCACAAAUAGAAAAGUUCAGACUGGGUAUCCAGAAAGCACAGGAGGCCAUAGAAAACUCAGUUGGCAGCCCUUCCUCUGUGAAACUGGAGAUUAAAGGAGACCUGUCAUUUUUCCAGGAAGAUCAGGAGAGGGCACAGCCAAUUACUGUCAUUCAGAAUCUGACGAUGGAGAAAAAGCAGCUGACCCAGAAGACCUCUUUAAGUCAGAAGACAACCAAACAGCAGCUGGGAGAGUUUGACAGUGACAAGAAAUUUCUAGAAAACCUGCUUAAAGAUCAAGGCUUGGUAAAAGGUAGGACAAAGAGUGGAGAGCAAAUGCAGGACGUCAUUCAAAGCUGCCUCAUAUCCGUUGACACUUGCACCGAGUUUUUGAACCAGAUGACACCUUUCUGUCCGCGUGGAAGGGAGAGUAAGCACAUGCAGCAAAAAUGUAGCAAGCCCCAGCAUAACGCUCCCUCUGAACCUACUCAUUUGCUGCUGAAGAGCCUGGAUGGCAUUGAUGCAGAGUUGGCAUCUGGAAAUGCAGAAGAAAGUCUCAAGAAAGCGGAAGAAGCCAUGAAGAUAGUGCAGGAGUGGUCAGAAAAAGAGGUUCCUACUAAGAAAGAGGUCUUAGGCAGACUACACAGUUGUAUUGGGAAUGCCUUGGUUGAACUGGGAGACAUGGAUAAAGCCUUGGACCAUCAUCAAAAAGACUUGGAUUUGGCUAAACAGUGCAAACUCCCUGAUGCAAUGUCCAGGGCUCUGGAGAACAUUGGCCGGAUUUUUGCCCAAACUGGACGGAUCUCACAGGCCAUUGAGUUCUGGGAGAAAAAGAUUCCUUUGGUGUGUGGUGGUUUGGAGAAGGCCUGGUUGUUUCAUGAGAUUGGUUGGUGUUACAUGGAGCUUAGUUACCAUGAUGAAGCCAGAGACUAUGGCAUCCGCUCACUUGCUGCGGCUGAUGAAAUCGCUCAUGUGAAGUGGCAGAUGACUGCCAAUGUUUUGGUGGCACAGUCUGAAUUGAAACUUGGAAACUUUAAAUCCUGUGUCUCCCACUUUGAGAGAGCCUUGACCCAGGCCAAACUGCAAGAAGAUGAUGCUGGCAUCUGUGCCAUUCAAAAGGCUCUUGGUGAUGCAAAGCAAUUCAUAUCAAAGUGAGGAUGCCCUCGGUCAAGACUUGGCUUCAGAAUGUUAAUUCAGCAAAAAGACCUACAGAAGACAACAACUGACGAAAAGUUAUUUUCCUCAAAUGGGCAUCUGAGAUAAAUAGAAGGAUACUGUUCUCUGAUGAGUACAAAUAUGCAUAUGAGGAAGUGAUACAGAAACCUGUAAAUAAACAUGUGAAACUGUUUUCUGUCAAAUACAGUCCAAAUCUAUUAUAGGCUGCAUUUUGGCAGAAUUACAUUACAAAAAUGUAUCAUCUAGAAAAUUUGCAAAAUACAGGGGAUUUUUGACAUGACUAUGACAUUCUGAAACCUGCCAACAAUUGGUCUUUUGAUAACUUGAAAGUUCCCCAAAAUAUAGAGCUCCACUUACAAGGGAACUUCCCCUAGUGACACCUCUACUAUAUCUGUCACCAGACAUGCAUGGUGUGAUUAACAGGUGGCUGCUUCCUGCAAGGUAACAACAGUAUCAGUGUAUUACUUGUAGAUAAGAGACUGUAUAAUUUAUGAUUAACUGCUUCAUAAAUUUUAUGGAAAUGUCCCUGAUAGACACUGACACAUUGUUUACACAGUGUUUAUGCAUACGUUAACUUGUAACACUAACAACUACUUGUCUGUGUGGCCUUUUUGUGACAUUUUAGGAUAAGUCAGGGGGAAAGGAUAUUAAAAUAUACUUUGUAAGGUUGCAUGAGGUGUUUCAAUGAAAAUGGUUUAAAUAACCCUAUAUAGUUUACCCCUGGUAUCUGUUUUGGUACUUUAUUCUAUCUGUUUAUUUUUGUAGCUUAGGUUUUAUGUUCUAUCAGAGAAAAGUUUAGGUUAGGUUAGUUACUCUGCUAUAAACCUUGUUAUAGAG